ACGAACGAGGCCUCGCAAGCAAAACCAAAACCAAAACGCGACAAGCACUGAAACACCUCACGUAAAAGCUAGCCAUGGUGAAGAAGCCUUCCGCCCUUCCCAGGUCCUUCCUCUCCUUUCGCCGCAUCCUCCGGCGAAGCCUCUCUGGGAGGCCCUACCGCCGCACAACGUCGUCAACGGCCAGAAAUCCGGCCGCACCACCACAAGACAAGCUGCAGGACAUAACGGUAGUGGUCGACGUGGAGGGGUGGCUCUUGAGGCCGCCGCUGUCCACCUUCCCUUACUUCAUGCUCGUCGCUGUCGAGGCCGGCAGCUUCCUCCGUGGUCUCCUCCUGCUGCUGCUAUACCCGCUUCUUCUGUGCCUCUGCCUCCUAGGUCGUGAUCUGCAUCUCAAGGCCAUGGUCAUGGUGUCCUUCUUCGGAUUGAGAGAAAAGGAGGUGAUUAGGAUUUCCAAGGCGGUUCUGCCAAAGUUCUUCCUGGGAGAGGUGGCCAUGGAGGGUCUCGAGGCUUUUAAGAAGGCAGGCACGGUGGUCGCAGUGACCGCGGAGUUUCCAAGGGUGAUGGUGGAGGGGUUCCUCAAGGAGUACCUCGGCGUCCGUGCCGUCGUCGGUAGGGAGGUCACAGUAGUGGCCGGGCGUUACGUCGGGUUCCUGGAGAAUGUGGAGGCGGGCAUGGAGAGGGUUGGAGCCUUACUCGAGAAAAUGGACGAGAUGAGGAGCAAACGUGAUGGAGCUGUGGGGCUUCUUGGGGCGGGCAGCAGGAUGCACCACGUGUUUUCUCGUUGUUGCAAGGAGACCUACGCCCUAAGUGAAGCCGACAAGAAGUCGUGGUGGCAGCCCUUGCCGAGGGACAAGUACCCCAAGCAGUUGGUCUUUCACGACGGCCGCCUUGCCUUCAGGCCGACGUUCUUCGCCGCGGUAGCGAUGUACAUCUACCUUCCCUGGGGCAUCUUCCUCGCCGUCUUCCGCAGCGUCGCAUUCGGCCUCCUACCCUACCGCGUCUCUAUCCCACUAGCCGCACUCACCGGCAUGCGCUCCCGCCUUGUCGCUAGCCCGUCACCGAACGCCACGAAGAAGAACCAAGCAGGCGGGCGCCUCUACGUUUGCAACCAUCGCACUCUCCUGGACCCGAUCACCGUCGCUGCCGGGCUGAACAAGCCCGUGACCGCCGUCACGUACAGCGUGAGCCGGGUCUCCGAGCUGAUCGCGCCGAUCCACACGGCGCGGCUGACACGGGACCGCAACGAGGACCGGCGGCGCAUGGAGGCGCUGCUGGCGCGCGGCGACCUCGUUGUGUGCCCUGAGGGCACAACCUGCCGCGAGCCCUACCUGCUCCGGUUCAGCCCUCUGUUCGCUGAGCUAACAAACGAGGUGACCCCAGUUGCGCUCGAGACGCGCGUCGACGUGUUCUACGGCACGUCCACGAAGCCGGCAGCCAAGUGGCUGGACCCCUUCUACUUCAUGAUGAACUCGCGGCCGGAGUACCGUGUCGAGUUCCUGGAGCCCGUGGUCACCGCUCCGGCGGAGGGCGAGGUGGGCGGACACGGCCACAGCAUCCAAGCGGCCAACCGUGUGCAGAGCGUGCUCGGCGAGGCACUUGGGUUCGAGCUCACCGGGCUGACGAGGAAGGACAAGUACAUGAUGCUGGCUGGAAAUGAAGGUGUUGUGAAAGGUGACGCAAAGAAGUAGGUGUGUUUUACGGGGUCUAUGCUUCGUUGUGCAGUUAUUGAUGUUAGUGUUGGAUUCUCUUUUUUUCCCUUUAAACAUGAGUCGGUUUGUUGUAUAUGUUGGGUAUAUACAUGUUUUUUUACUUUCUAUUUGUGAAAAUUCAUGUACAUGUUGAAAAUAAAAGAAGAAAAGGUUGCAAAUUUAGUUUGUGCC